AGUCUGCAAAUAAGUGUGUCGCCAACAGGCCGCAUCCUGUACGAUAUCCCCUGCAAGGUGUGUCAGGACCACUCGUCAGGCAAACACUAUGGGAUCUUUGCCUGUGAUGGCUGUGCUGGCUUCUUCAAGAGGUCGAUCCGGCGACAGAGACAGUACGUGUGUAAGAGCAAGGCUGAGGGUGGGUGUUUGGUAGACAAGACUCACCGUAACCAGUGCCGCGCCUGCAGGCUCACGAAAUGUGUUGAAGCUGGCAUGAACAAAGAUGCCGUGCAACAUGAACGAGGACCCAGGAAUUCUACCUUGAGACGCCAAAUGUCUUUGUAUUUCAAGGAUCCCAGCCCUGACUCCCCGCCCACCCGUCAACGAAGCCCCACACCGCCCGAACCCAUACACCCACGAACACCUACCUCUACUGUCUCUCAAAUGCCAGUCAUGUCAGUCAGUUACCCACACGAGCUGGCGCUACCGGUGCUGACUUCCCCGGACACAGUGUGCGAAACAGCGGCCCGUCUGCUCUUCAUGAACGUCCGUUGGACCAAGCAACUUCCUGCCUACACUGCCCUUCCCUUCAGAGACCAGUUGUUGUUGCUGGAGGAAGGUUGGCGGGAACUGUUCGUCCUCUCAGCCGCCCAGUUCUUGUUACCCGUCGAGGCUGGACCUCUUCUCGCCUCUUCAGGGCUAAGUGGCGAGACUUCCGAGCGCCUCCUUCCCAUACUACAGGAUAUAAAACUCUUCCAGGACAUUCUUGCAAAAUUCAAGGCUAUUUGUGUCGACCCAACGGAGUAUGCUUGCCUUAAAGCCAUCGUUUUAUUUAAGACAGUGUGGGAGAGUGGAGGUGUAGAGGUGAAAGGUGUCCGUGACCUUGGCGCUGUGGCCGCCCUUCAGGACCAGGCUCAGCUCACCCUCAACAAAUACAUCACCACCGCCUACCCAACUCAGCCCUUCAGGUUUGGCAAACUGCUGUUGCUGCUGCCGUCCCUGAAGGCGGUGGGAUCACGUACCAUUGAGGAACUCUUCUUCAGAAGAACAAUCGGCGCCAUCCCUAUUGAGCGAAUCAUAUGCGAUAUGUACAAGACUGCAGACUUUUGAUAUUGGAGAAUAAAAAAAAAGUGUUAGAAAAACUAAUGUUUAUAUUUUUUGUACGAAAUAUAGUAAAUAUAAUGAGAGAGUUAGUGGAGAAGAAUCAUUAUUUAUCUACGAGUAACUAAGCUGUGGACUACAUAAGUAACACAGAUAAUUUACGAAGUGAACGGAAGUUUAAGAAAGGUUUAGAACUAUUUAUGCCUUUAAAAGGAUCUGGUGAUUUUUCCGUAACUAUUUCUUUUACAUUAUAACAGUGCCUUCCUGCGUGUGACAGUUUAUUCCCAUAAUAUUCCUUAAAGAAGAAGUUUUACCUGUGACUAUACUAUUCACCAUUGGAAGACUUACUAUAGCGUUGGUAUCAGUUUAUAAAUGUUCAGAAUCGCUUAGAUGGGUAUUAACAAUUGUCACACAUCAGUGCUAAUAGUGCUUCUCUCUCCUGGAAUAUUAGAUAUAUUAAUAUAGUAAUUCUCACCCAGUGAUGCAUGUUAUAAAUAUUGUUAGAUUCAUUGCGGCUCA